AUGUAUUCAGUAUAUCCGCCGAAGAUGCGUUUUGAAGGUUCCGAAAUGGGAAGUCGAUCUCGUGGUACGUAUGGAUCGCAACAGUACCGUGGUGGUGGUGGUGAUGAUUUUUUCCCUCGCUACGAUUCUAAUAGAGCUAGAGAAUCCACUCGUACGACAAGGAAUGCUCCUGCCGCUCCAGCGACAUAUAGAGGCCGAGUAGAAUCUGAGUUCCGUUCAGCUCGUGGCUAUGAAGCUGAUAGAAAGAGAGACUAUCCAAAUGGCCGUGAAAUGGAUCGCACAAAAAGCAUCAACGAGAAGCGAAGCGCAGAUACUCGGUAUGAAGGAGGCAGAAGAGGCGAUGCUAGAGAUGUUGAGCGAAGUAUUCAUUCGAGAAGUAACGGUAAUGACAGAGGUGCUGAAGCUCGAAUGUCGGACAGUAGUGGUAAUCGGUACAAGUAUCUAGAUGAAGGAUGGUACAACGCAUAUAAACCGCCUACGAGCAUCAGCACUUACCCAGAAGCUAGUCAUGACUACCGUACUUCUCGCAAUGGAUAUGAAAGUCAACCACCUACGAGGGAUACAAGAGAUCGCUAUCGCUACGGCAAAGAAAUAGUCAUGGAAACUCGCCAACUAGAAGAAAGAGUGGCUGCUAUCCAACGUGAGCUGGAAAUGCUCGAGAAGGACAAUGUGGGCAGUCGCAGUACGGAUUAUCGAAGCUCAAGAAAUGCAUAUUCUGCUAAUCCUUCUGGCAAUUUACCGUCACUGUUAGAUUUCGCUCCACCACCGGAUGCAGUAGAGAAGGCUAGGAUCGAACGAGAGGAAGUACAUCUAAGAAUGCGAGAAGAAGAACUCAGACGCCGUGAACAAGAGCUGAUCAUGGAGCAACAGCGAGCGAUUCGUCAACGAGCGGCACCAACAACUCAGUACAGGCGCAUUGCACCACCAAGUCGUCCGAAGAAUGCCACAUUUCCGAAAUUACGAAGUUCAAUCACACGACGUCCAGUCCUCACAAAGCGCAUGAACAAGUCGUCGUCGCGGAGAAAGUUACCGGAGAGGCGAAGGGUCGAAAAGACUCGUGAGAAAUCGAGGAAAGAUGUGAAAUUGCCGGCUAAACAGAAACGAACGGUGAAGCGAGAAGUCAAGGAAGAAAACACUAGCAAGAAGAAGGCCUCUGGAGCAGAAGAUCCGUCAAAAAAGUCCGGCCAUGACCGUACUACGGAAGGGUUGAUAGAGCAAAUACUCGGAAAGUAUAAACGCGAAGGCCUUUUGCCGAGAACCCGUUAUCUGAAAAAGCUGUUCGAGUUUUGCGAUGUGAACUUGUUGGAAGACGAGCUUUGUAGGGAGGCAGCGGCUCUUAUACCUAAAGUGCAGUUGCCCACUAAGGACGAUUACAAGACACGUACUUGCAUCAGGACUUACAAUCCAACAGUGUUUGGGCCUCUUGAUCAAUAUGUUCCAUUAGGACUUUUCGAGGAAGAGGUCAAGGUACACGAUAUUGCAAAUGACACGGAAUCGGACAAGAUUCUAGCGGAUCUUCGGAAAGCACUUGCUGGAUUUCCUGAAUCCUCAGCCGCUUGA